AUGUGUGUGGUAGUGGGGAAGAAAACGAGGAAAGAGGAUUCAGCCAACAAAUUAAGUUUUACAGAGUUUUUGGAUCCAUUCCAGAGAGUUAUCCAGCCAGAAGAAAUCUGGCUUUAUAAAAAUCCUUUGGUACAAUCAGACAACAUACCUACACGCCUCAUGUUUGCAAUUUCAUUCCUCACGCCACUGGCAGUCAUUUUUGUGGUGAAAAUAAUCCGUCGGACAGACAAGACUGAAAUUAAAGAAGCCUUCCUAGCUGUUUCCUUGGCUCUCGCUCUGAAUGGAGUCUGCACAAAUACUAUUAAAUUAAUAGUGGGGAGACCUCGUCCCGAUUUCUUUUACCGCUGCUUUCCAGAUGGAGUAAUGAACUCUGAAAUGCACUGCACAGGUGAUCCAGAUCUGGUGUCCGAAGGCAGAAAGAGUUUUCCCAGUAUCCACUCUUCCUUUGCAUUUUCAGGCCUUGGCUUUACGACCUUCUACUUAGCUGGAAAGUUGCACUGCUUCACUGAAAAUGGCCGAGGGAAAAGCUGGCGGCUUUGUGCAGCAAUUCUGCCUCUGUAUUGUGCCAUGAUGAUUGCCCUGUCACGCAUGUGUGAUUACAAGCAUCAUUGGCAAGAUGCUUUUGUCGGAGGAAUCAUUGGCCUAAUUUUCGCUUAUAUUUGCUACAGACAGCACUACCCACCUUUGGGUAACACGGCUUGCCAUAAACCUUACGUCAGCCUCCUAGUUCAGACCUCAACGAAGAAAGAAGAGAGACCUACAGCAGAUAAUGCUACCGGCCUGCCUCUAGAGGGAAUAACUGAAGGACCAGUAUGA